AUGGCCGAACUCGGACUUGACCUCGUCGAGGGCUUGCUCAACGCGUGCGGCGCCGAGGAGGCCGACAAACCGGUCCUCAAGAACUACUUUCAGCAGCAUCUUCAGGGCCAAGACCGUCGUGGCCUAGCCUCUCACGUGCUCGAGACAGUCCUUCAGCACAUCAAGUCCGAUGGCGACGUCACCGGCCUUCAUCGCGAAGUCCUCGCUUACUUGAUCAAGACGUUGGGUGAGGAAACCAAUGGCCAUGCUCCCCAGGUUCCUGAGCACGCCAAGGAGAUUCAUGAGGCUGGAGGACACGGAGUAGCAUCUGACUCUGACCAUGACGUUACCCCUAAGGCACCUAAGCGUGAGAAGUCGAAGUUGAAGCAGAAGCAGAAGCUUCCCGUCAAGCAGAAGGAAUCGCCACCCGUCUCAUCCGGAAUGCCUGAUCUCCAUGCCUUCCCGCCCGUUGUCACCGAGCAGCAGAAGUACGCCGCUCGACGCAAACAAUUCCUUCAAGAGAUGUGUGGCGACAUCGAGUCGCCUCCUCGCCAAUUUGCUCAGAAGUCUACGAUGAACUAUUCCCCAUCCCUUACGGCCGAGCUCGAACGCCGACGAGCGAGUUCCCCAGUUGAUGGCCCGUGGAACGUCCCUGAAUUCCGACCAGCCGACCGAGGCGAAGACGUCUAG